UCUGUUUCCUUACGACACGACCCAUCGCCGCGGGAGAAGAAAUUAAAGCGUGGUUCGGCAUGGACCUCAUGCUCGAGUUGGGCAUCCCUAUCUUGACGCCCGCCCACAUACAAGGGCACCAGUCGUACGUCUGCUUACGCUGCGGCCUCAGCUUCCAGGAACCAAAUCCCUUAAAGGUUCAUAUGUUGGUGCAGGACUGCGAUUCGAGAAAGGGCCAUAUGUGCAUCUUUUGCGGCAAGCUCUACUCCAGAAGGUACGGCCUCAAGAUCCACGUGCGGACGCAUACCGGUUACAAGCCCCUGCAGUGCCGCUUUUGUCUCCGCCCCUUCAGCGAUCCCUCCAACUUGAACAAGCACGUUCGCCUGCAUGCCCAGCUGGACUCGCCCUAUCGGUGCAGACACUGUGGUAAAGUUCUGGUGCGAAGGCGAGAUCUGGAGAGACACUUGCGUUCACGACACCAACAGGGGAAUACGAAAGCGAGCUAACAUCUCAGGUCAACUGAUAAACCGUCCUUCGUCCGGGAAAGGUCUUGGGCCACGUAGAGCAAAGUGCCUGAUUGCUAGAAACCAGCUACAGUAUUUCCUUCAAUGAAGAAUGGAAUAACUUUGCAUCUCGAGUUCAAGAACUUCUGCAGUCAGCGUUCCGCCCUUCGGCGGGGCGGAGGCAAGCUCCGGCGCCUAUAGUGGUCAUCUGCUUCGUUAUGUACGAUGAAAGGAGAUACGUUUUGGGCAUCUCCUAGAACGUUCACAUACAUUUGGAAUAAACUUUGGAAGCGACGUCCUCUCCCCAAUGUGAGUGACAAGCGUCGGGGUGACCACGUUGUCCUGUACAGCAAUCAGAACCAAUAAAAUUUUACUGCUCCA